ACCAAAACGCAAAGGCUUAAAAGCGUCGUCUUUUUCGGGAGAAAGAAACGAUGGCAGGCUGAUCAGAAAAAAGCAAAUCAAAUCAAAGCAAAGCAAAGCAAAGCAGCGAAUGGUUGGAAAUCGUGGAGACACAGAGAAAUGGGGAACAAGAUUGCGCGAACGACACAAGUGUCGGCGUCGGAGUACUACCUACACGACUUGCCGUCGUCUUACAAUUUGGUACUCAAAGAGGUUUUGGGGCGAGGACGGUUUUUCAAGUCCAUUCAGUGCAAGCACGACGAGGGUUUAGUCCUCGUCAAGGUCUAUUUCAAGCGCGGCGACUCCAUUGAUCUCCGCGAGUACGAACGCCGUCUCUUCCAGAUCAAGGAGAUUUUCUGUGCCCUCGACCACCCUCACGUUUGGCCUUUCCAGUUUUGGCAAGAAACAGAUAAGGCGGCCUACCUUUUGAGGCAAUACUUCUUCAAUAAUCUGCAUGAUAGAUUAAGCACACGGCCCUUUCUCAGUCUUGUGGAGAAGAAAUGGUUGGCUUUUCAGUUACUUCUUGCUGUGAAACAGAGCCACGAGAAAGGAAUUUGUCAUGGUGAUAUUAAGUGUGAGAACGUGCUGGUCACUUCCUGGAAUUGGCUUUACCUUGCGGACUUUGCAUCGUUUAAACCCACAUACAUUCCAUAUGAUGACCCUUCUGAUUUCUCGUUUUUCUUUGACACUGGAGGAAGAAGGAUUUGUUAUCUUGCUCCUGAGAGAUUCUAUGAGCAUGGAGGUGAGAUGCAGGUUGCGCAAGAUGCACCUUUAAGGCCAUCUAUGGACAUCUUUGCUGUAGGGUGUGUAAUUGCCGAGCUUUUCCUUGAGGGUCAACCGCUUUUUGAACUCUCUCAACUUCUUGCUUAUCGCAGAGGGCAAUAUGACCCUAGCCAACAUCUUGAAAAGAUCCCAGAUUUUGGAGUACGUAAGAUGAUACUUCAUAUGAUUCAGCUGGAACCAGAGUUACGACUUUCUGCAGACAGCUACCUUCAGGAAUAUGCAACCAUUGUGUUUCCAAGAUACUUCUCUCCUUUUUUGCAUAAUGUCUACUGCUGCUGGAAUCCUCUCAAUUCUGAUAUGAGGGUUACUCUGUGCCAGCAAGCUUUCCAUGAGAUACUUAAGCAAAUGAUGACCAAUAACUCAGCUGAGGAGAAUGGGACCACACUUUCAACUGCUGUAUCAAAUGCCCACAGCUUAACUGGCAAACCAUCUAAAGAGAUAGCAGAUCAGAAAGUAAGUUUAACAAAGCACUCCUUGAGAAAGAGAGAGGAGAUAGAUGGAGGCUUAAAUCAUGGUCGGUUUGAACUUCUUGGUGAUAUCAGUUCCCUGCUCAAGGAUGUCAAAGAAAGCAAUCACUAUUCUGGUACUAAGCCGAUGCUGGAGGACGUUCCCGGUUCUGCAAUUUCCCAAAAUCUUAGAAACUAUGGCAUUCAAUCUUCUGGGGAGCUCCUCCAAAAUAUCUCCAGGGCAUUUAGGAGAAAUGAUCAUCCCUAUCUGAAGAAGAUUACAUUGAAGGAUCUGAAUUCAUUGAUGUCCAAGUAUGACACCCAAUCAGAUACUUUCGGUGCUCCUUUUUUACCGCUACCUGAAGGUAGUAUGACAUGUGAAGGCAUGGUUUUAAUUACCUCUCUUCUCUGUUCCUGCAUACGCAAUGUGAAAUUACCUCAUUUAAGAAGGACAGCUAUACUCCUACUGAAAUCCUCUGCAUUAUAUAUUGAUGAUGAAGACCGCUUGCAGCGUGUGCUUCCAUAUGUUAUUGCAAUGCUUUCGGAUCCAGCGGCAAUUGUACGUUGUGCUGCCAUUGAAACUUUGUGCGACAUUCUGCCUCUUGUACGAGAUUUUCCUCCCAGUGAUGCAAAAAUAUUUCCAGAGUACAUUCUUCCAAUGCUCUCCAUGCUUCCUGAUGAUCCAGAGGAAAGUGUGAGAAUUUGUUAUGCCAGCAAUAUUGCUAAGCUGGCAUUAACUGCUUAUGGUUUCUUGAUUCACUCCAUAAGCUUCAGUGAGGCUGGGGUUCUUGAUGAACUGAGUACACCACAGAAGCCAUUACCAUCAUCUAAUGAUACAUCUGGUCGACCGCAUAGGGUAAAUGGAGAUGCACAGCUUAUGCAGCUGAGGAAGUCUAUAGCUGAUGUUGUUCAAGAACUCGUUAUGGGUCCAAAGCAAACUCCAAAUAUCAGGAGAGCACUCCUUCAGGACAUUAGCAAUCUAUGCUGCUUUUUUGGCCAAAGACAGAGUAAUGACUUUCUCUUACCUAUUCUCCCUGCUUUCCUAAAUGAUCGGGAUGAGCAACUAAGAGCUGUAUUUUAUGGGCAAAUUGUGUAUGUCUGCUUCUUUGUGGGUCAAAGAAGUGUGGAGGAAUAUCUUUUACCUUACAUUGAGCAGGCUUUGAGUGAUACUACAGAAGCUGUCAUUGUCAAUGCAUUAGAUUGUUUAUCAAUUUUAUGCAAAAGUAGUUUCUUACGAAAGAGGAUACUGCUUGAAAUGAUAGAGCGUGCCUUUCCACUGUUAUGUUAUCCUAGUCAGUGGGUACGAAGGUCAGCUGUCACUUUCAUUGCUGCAAGCAGUGAGAGCUUAGGUGCAGUUGAUUCAUAUGUUUUUCUUGCCCCUGUUAUUCGACCUUUCCUUCGAAGGCAGCCAGCAUCUCUGACUUCUGAGAAGGCGCUGUUUUCAUGUUUAAAGCCUCCAGUCUCAAGGCAGAAAUUUAAUGAGGUCUUAGAACAUGCCAGGAGCUCAGAUAUGUUGGAGAGACAGAGAAGGAUAUGGUAUAGUUCAUCACCACAGUCCAAGCAAUGGGAAAGUGUGGAUUUACUUCAAAAAGGGGUUGAAGAAUUAAAUUUAAUGAAGAGCAGGCUCGAUAAACAACUUAAUCAUGAGGGUCAAGAACCUGCUGGAAAUUCAAUGCAACAGGUAGAACUAACUGAAUGUGGUGAUAGUGAAGCAAAAUUGAGAAGUAUGGGAAGCUUGAUGCGCAAUGUUUCUGGUACAGUUGACAUUUCUGAUCCCUUGAGCUCUGAAAAGUUGCAAUUCUCAGGCUUUAUGGUGCCACAUGGAAGUGGUGUAAAUAGUUUUGUGUGUGAUAAACCAUCAGAAGGCAUACCCUUCUACUCCUUUACCUUGGACAGGCGUGCAGGGGGAAUUCCACCCGCAGCAUCUGAUUCUCCAUUACAAGUAAAUUCUGUUGGAAUUGGUGCAUCAUCCAUGCCUUGGAUGGAUCCUGUAAAUAGAUCAUUUAGCUUGGCUAGUUCAGUUCCAGCACCUAAGCUUGUGUCAGGUUCAUUCAGCAUAAGUAAUGGCUCUAAACAGUUCUAUAGAGUUGUGCAUGAGCCAGAUAGCCGGGAAAAUGAUCAAAUUGCUUAUGGUAGUGGCAAGUUCCAAGACAUGGGGUUAUCUAACUCUGCAAAAGGAAGUUCUAUCAGCAUGGAAGAUGCCUCUGCUCCAACUGAUCUAACAGGAUUGCCAUCUUUUGCACGAACUCCAACGACCCCUGAUUCAGGAUGGAGACCCCGUGGUGUGUUGGUUGCACACCUUCAGGAGCACCGUUCUGCUGUCAAUGACAUAGCUAUUUCAACUGAUAAUAGCUUUUUUGUGAGUGCAUCUGAUGACUCCACUGUCAAGGUGUGGGAUUCAAGGAAGUUGGAAAAGGAUAUUUCAUUUAGAUCAAGAUUAACCUAUCACUUGGAGGGAAGCCGGGCAUUGUGUGCUGCAAUGCUUCGGGGCUCUACUCAAGUUAUAGUUGGAGCAUGUGAUGGCAUGAUACAUAUGUUUUCUGUUGAUUACAUCUCCAGAGGUCUUGGAAAUGUUGUUGAGAAGUAUUCAGGUAUUGCUGAUAUAAAAAAGAAGGAUAUCAAGGGAGGUGCUAUACUUAGCAUUUUGAACUACUCAGCUGAUAAUUUUACCAGUCAGACGGUUAUGUACAGCAGUCAAAAUUGUGGGAUCCAUCUUUGGGAUACAAGAACAAGUUCUAAUGCUUGGACAUUAAAGUCAACUCCUGAAGAUGGCUACGUUUCUUCGCUGGCGACAGGCCCUUGUGGGAAUUGGUUUGUAUCUGGAUCUUCAAGGGGUACACUUACUCUUUGGGACCUGAGGUACCUCAUUGCUGUGAACACAUGGCAGUAUUCUCUUGUAUGUCCUAUAGAGAAGAUCUGCCUUUUUGUUCCUCCUCCAAAUGCUGCAGUAUCUGCUGCUGCAAGGCCCCUUGUUUAUGUUGCUGCUGGUUGCAAUGAAGUUUCCCUUUGGAAUGCAGAGAAUGGAAGUUGCCACCAGGUACUAAGGGUGGCAAAUUAUGACAGUGAUGCUGAAGUGUCUGAGCUGCCUUCGGCCUUGGCCAAACCAUCAAGCAGGGUAAGUUUUAAAUCAGAUAUGAGACGAAAUGUCAAUCCCAAGUACAGGAUUGAUGAACUGAACGAACCCUCUCCCCGUCUUCCUGGUAUACGUUCAUUGCUUCCCUUACCUGGGGGUGAUUUAUUGACUGGGGGCACAGACCUGAAGAUUCGUCGAUGGGAUCAUAACAGCCCUGACCGAAGUUAUUCUAUCUGUGGGCCAAAUUUGAAGGGGGUUGGAAACGAUGAAUUCUAUGAAACAAAAUCUAAUUUUGGGGUGCAAAUUGUGCAGGAGACAAAGAGGCGACCUCUAACAGCUAAGCUGACAGCCAAGGCAGUUCUUGCAGCUGCUGCUACCGAUCCUGCUGGUUGCCAUCGUGAUUCCAUCCUAUCAUUGGCUUCUGUGAAAUUGAACCAGAGACUCCUAAUAUCGAGCGGUAGAGAUGGGGCUCUCAAGGUUUGGAGGUGAACAGCCUUGGCAGAUCCAUUUAUCUAAUGUAUAUAUUUAGCGCCAAUACAAUUAAAUUUGUAUAUUAUUUCCCAAAACAACCAAGGUUUUAUUUGAAUCCAGAGAAUGAAUACUGUCAUCUAAAUCUAACCCUUACGAUAGACUAUUUUUAUGGAGUCUAUGUUUUGUACAGAUUGUGAGCAUUUAGGAAAUAGUGAAAAAAGGAAAAAGAAGAAAAACCAAUUUUACGAA